AUGGCAUCCUCCAUUUCCAAUUCCAUAUCCAGUUUUGUUGCGGUAGCAGUAGCAUUAAUUUCCUGUGCUUCCCUUGUUCUGGGCUCUGUUGAAUAUUCUCCUGAACAAGAAGUAAAGGCUUUGCUUGCAUAUGAAUGGUGGAGUCCUGCAUAUCUCAAUUCCAUAACCACAACUUCUUGCAAGUUGCCUGGUAUCGCUCGCAAUCAUGCUGGAAGCAUUACCCGUAUUUCUAUACAUAAGUUUUUUCUAUAUGGAAGCGAACUUGGGAAAUUUCUUAAUGGCUCUUCGUUUCCGAAUUUAAUCCAUCUGGAUCUUGCUGCAGCUGGACUCCAUGGGAGCAUCCCGCCAGAGAUCGACACUCUUUCGAAGCUCACUUACCUCGACCUCUCUCAUAAUUAUCUUUCAGGUGAGUUACCUCUUUCACUAAGAAACCUCUCCCAAUUGGUGGUGCUUGACUUGAGCUUCAACAUCUUGUACGGUCCAAUCCCUUCAUCACUUGGUCUUUUAACCAACCUCACUCAUUUGGAUAUUUUUGCCAAUCAAAUCAAUGGCCAGUUGCCUCUUUCAAUCACAAGCCUCACCCAUUUAAUGGAGUUUGACGCUUCUUCUAAUGCAAUUAAUGGUUCCAUUCCAAUCCACAUAGGAAAGCUGAAAAAUCUUCAGUUCUUGUUCUUGCCCAGAAAUAUGCUUGAUGGACCAUUUCCAUUAAGUCUUGGUCAACUAUCCAAAUUAACUGCUCUCUCACUUGAUUCAAACAAUAUCAGUGGCUCAAUUCCUCCAGAAAUAGGGAAAAUGACCAACCUUACUUAUCUAGACCUUGGUAAGAACAUGCUUAAUGGAUCACUUCCAUCAAGUCUUGGUCAACUAUCCAAAUUAACUGCUCUCUCACUUGAUUCAAACAAUAUCACUGGCUCAAUUCCUCUGGAAAUAGGGAAAAUGACCAACCUUGCUCGCCUAGAUCUUCAUGAAAAUAUGCUUAUGAGACAGCUGCCUCCGAUUCUGGGGCUAGUGAACCUGUUUUAUCUCGACUUAAGUGUAAAUAUGUUCAAUGGACAACUCCCUCCAGAAAUCGGAUAUCUAAAAAAUGUGGAAUCAUUGCUGCUUGGUGAUAACCGAUUAACUGGUGCGAUACCUUCUACUCUAUGUGAUUUAACCAACUUAUAUUACUUGAGCCUCAGUCAGAACCAGUUAAGUGGUUCAUUGCCUUCCCGAAUAGGGAAUUUGGAGAACCUGGCAAGAUUGAAACUCAGUUCUAACAACCUCAUGGGUCCUAUUACUCCAUCUUCAGGUGGUCUUCGGAGUAUACAGGAUAUUGACUUGUCAUACAACCACUUCAGCGAAAGCAUACCAAUUGAGAUAUGUUCCCUUUCUACACUCACUUCUUUGGACCUCAGUAACAUCUUUCUUGUUGGAGAAAUACCGUAUAAACUUGCUGACCUCCCUAACCGACCAAGUACUGGCAUCAUCAACAAAGUUAAAUUGAUUAUUGUUUCCACCUCUGUUAUUCUUUCAUCGUCAUUUCUUGUGCUUAUUAUAUGGGCAAUGUUCUUCAAACGUGGGUGCAAAAAUAAAAAGAUCAAAUCACUUGACGAGACAAUUGCAACAAAGAAUGGAGAUAUAUUUUCAGUAUGGAAUUAUGAUGGGAAUUUAGCAUACAAAGACAUCAUUCAAGCAACGGAGGAUUUCGAUAUAAGGUAUUGCAUUGGCACAGGUGGUUAUGGAAGUGUUUACAGAGCGUAGCUGCCUAAUAGCAAAGUGGUUGCUUUGAAAAAACUGCACACUUCAGAGGUCGAAGAACCUGCUUUGAGAAAGAGUUUCGAGAAUGAGGUGAAAACAUUGACAGAAUUGAAGCACCGAAACAUUGUGAGACUCUAUGGAUUUUGUUUGCAUAAAAGGUGCAUGUUUUUAAUUUACCAAUAUUUGGAAAGAGGGAGCUUGUUCUGUGUCCUGAACAAUGAUGUGGAGGCUAUGGAAUUAGAUUGGAAGAAAAGGGUGAACAUUAUCAAAGGCAUAGUGAAUGCAUUGUGUUAUUUGCACAAUGAUUGCACUCCACCAAUUGUACAUCGUGAUGUAACCACCAACAAUGUCCUACUCAACUCAGAACUAGAAGCUGUUGUAGCUGAUUUUGGCACUGCAAAACUCUUCGAUCCUAAUUCCACCACUCAAACCACCAUACUGGCCAGUACUUAUGGUUAUAUUGCUCCAGAGCUUGCCUACACCAUAGCUGUAACCGUAAAAUGCGAUGUUUAUAGCUUUGGAGUGGUGACACUUGAAACGCUGAUGGGAAAGCAUCCAAAGGAAAUUUUGUCAUCAUUAUCAUCAUCUUCAACGCAAAAUCUAAAGCUAAUUGAAAUAUUAGACCAACGCUUAGCACCCCCGAGACAUCGGUUGGCUGUACAUAACGUUGCUCUUGUUGCCUCAAUUGCAUUUGCAUGCUUAAAUGCUGACCCAAAGCUUCGACCAACAAUGGAUAGUGUUUCCAAACAAAUUGCUGAGCGCAGGACACCACUAGCAGAUCAUUGUUUCCAUGAAAUUACGAUAGGACACCUCAUGAACCGAGAGAUGGCUAAAAUUUAUUGA